CAGGUCUGAGCUGUAACCAUGGGGACAAGGAUGGAGGUGGCACAGCUUGAGAGCAGAAUGAACACUGAGGACUAUAGAAAGCUACAGGGCCUUUUCCUGGACUCCUCUGGUGAGCCUCGCUCGCUUUCCAGAGCUGAAUUCAUCCAGCUUGCUUGGUCAUCAGUUGGUCGUGGCUCUAAAGAGGAUUAUGGCCUCCUGUUUGACAGCGUGGUCAUCACUCAGGAGCACCACGGCCUCUUUCUGGAUAUUGAUACUGUGAAGGAAGAGGGACGUGUCGACUGGGCUGGCCUUUGCUCUUUCCUGCUCCUGGAACUUUCUGAUAAAGUGAAGAACAGCAGGACAAGCAGUGUGCCCUGCUGGACGCCACCGCGCACUUUGACCUGUCCACACCGAGACCCUGUUCAAAAGGUGUUGCACCUGCAGAGCUCUGGUCAGUAUCUGACCGUGAGUAAAGGAGGAAUUGUGGGGCUGCGGGACGGAGAGGACAUGUCCCUUCUGCACACAUAUCGACUGCAAAACAGCACAGUGGCACCCAAAGACCUGUGGGUCACUGACAUGGUGAUUCUGCACAACCUCGACAAGAUAGCUGUGUCGUUCACAAGUAAGGAGGUGUGUUUUUAUGACAUAGUGUCAGAACAAUACUUCAGCUGCAAGUAUAAACUCCAGGGUUUGAAGUUCACUCCCUGGUGUCUGGACUAUUGGAUGGAUCCUUCACAGCCAGACCAGGCCGUCCUCACUAUAGGAGAUAUUGGAGGACAGGUCAGCGGUAUACACUUCACCGCAGCUCAGAUCUCUCUGUUUGAGAGACUUGGUCUGAGGACAGACUCUGAUUCAGCUAACAUCAUCCUGUGGGAUGAGCUGGUCAAAGGAGCGCAUCACACCUGUUACACUGUGACACACAAAGCACACACGCCUGCCUGGGUUAGGAAAGUUAGUUACCUUGGCUGCCUUGAAGCCUUUGUGUCGUGCAGCACCAGACCGCAGAGCAGCAUGGUGAUCGGCUGGAGGGAAAAGGAAAGCAGGAGUCUACGAGUCACUUCUUUCUUUACUAAGAGGGGUGUGUGGGACAUGGACCACCACCGUAGACUCAAUCUAAUAGCCACAGCAGGUGUUGAUCAUCAGGUCUUGCUGUGGAACCCUUAUGUGACCUCAGAGCCAGUUUGUGCACUAAGUGGGCACAUGAGCCCUGUCACUGCUGUCCGCUUCAUGCAGACCAAGAAACAACUGCUGAGCUACUCCAAAGAUAAGGUCCUGUGUCUAUGGGAUGUUUCCAGUCAGCUGUGUGUUCACCGCCUUGCUGGUGUCUUCCCAAAGAUGCAGGAGGACACACACACCCUUCUGUUCCUCCACGAGGAGCGACAACUCCUCCUGCUCUCCUUCAACAGUCAGCUCCUCCUGCUGGAGACCGUAAAAGAGGAGAACAGGACCAGCAGCCAUGAACACCCUGUUACCUGUGUUCUGUAUAAUAGUCUGUUCAGACAGGUAGUCAGCAGUGACUCGGCCUCUUCUGUGAUCUGUUGGCAGGCUGACACAGGCCAAAAGGUGAAGCAGUUCCACCAUUGCCAUGGCAACUCUGAGAUCUCAACCAUGGCCCUGGAUGGCACACAGACCCGGCUGUUUACUGCAGGCACUGAUGGAGAGGUCAAAGUGUGGGACUUUAAUGGCCGCUGCCUCCACAGAAUGAACGCUGGCCUGGGUCGAGCUGUGGAGAUCUCACAGAUCCUGCUGCUGAAGAGGAGUAUAUUGGUGAUGGGUUGGGACAGGAUGUUAACAGUUUUCCGUCUGCAUUCCUUCUCGCAGUCUUUUGUCGAACCAUCAGAGUGGAAAGGAGGCGUUCAGCAUCGCAGCGAUGUGCUCUGCGCCGCAUUCCAGCCUCCACAGACGCUUGUCACAGGAAGCUAUGACGGAGAAAUCAUAGUGUGGAACAACAGCACUGAAACAGCUUUGAGGAAACUGCGUCCACACCGAGAAGGCAAGAAGACACAGCUUUAGCUCUCAUUUUUUAACACACACUCUGAUAACUCCAUUGCCAUCUCUCAAUUGAUCUUCAUACCAGGACGCUCAUCUGCAGCUGCUGCAACAGGUGGUGCAGACUUAAUAUCCUGCGGAGGUUCAGGAGUGGUCAGACUCUGGAGCACCACCCACAGCCGCUUGGUGGGACAGUUUACAGCUCAUAGCAAAGACCUGGGCUCUAUUGUUAUGAAUGUGAGCCCCUGUGGAAAAUAUUUAGUCACAGCUGAUUCUGAAGGGACACUCAAGACAUGGGACAUACAGCGUUAUGGCCUUGUCUCAGAUGAUGCAACAACCAGAGAACCUCCAGAACUCCUGUGUGCUUUCCGACCACACCUUGAUCGUGUCACUCACCUUGACAUGUGUAACCAUGGGGAUAGACUCCUCCUUUUCUCAGCCUCAGCAGACUGCAGUGUGGCUCUUAGCUACCUGCCUGGAGCCACCAUCGGUCUAUUUGGACAGCAGGAGCAGUGGUGCUUGGAGACACCUGGGCCCCUGCACCCUCAGCAUGAGCCAGAACAAGCCCACAAAGGAGUCUAGGACUCCAGAAUAAGAAGGUCAGAUGUCACCUCAAGCUCCCACUGAGACUAACCCCCGAACCCAGGGACUGACACCUCUGCAGAGGGUGGAGAGGUGGGGUUAAAGGAAGCAAGUAUGGACAAAAGAAAGCCUGCAGUUUUCUGAAUGGUCUUUUUGGGAUUAAAAUGUAGAACUGAAUUUCUGAGAAGAAAUGAAAAUGAUCUUCUAUUGUACAGGUAUUUGGCCUGGUCUUCACACUAGUUCUAGAUUAUAUAUUAUACAGUUUCAUUAGAGAACUAAGCCAUGGGUAGUCAGAAAAACUGCAUUUGAUAAGGGCUUUUAAACAUUUUAUUUUUUGGCCUCGGGACAGUGUGGUGUGUAGUGAAUAGUCGUGACUCUCACAACUGCAAAGAAUGAAAGAGCAUUUGUGAUGCUCCCAAGUCUAUGAUUUAGCUCUGAUGUUUAUA